UGGGGUGAGGAGGGGCAGCGCCGGCAAAGGGGCCCAGGCUCCCCGGGGCGAGCCUCCCACCCCAGCUCUCGCUCAUGACCUCUGCAAGGGGCUAACCUCGCUCCGAGUUCAAAUCAGUAAGACCCUCAAGAAGUCUAGAAUUCACGCUCUCGUUUGCAAAUGUUUAGGAAACACCCACGGUAUGCCGAGCGCCAAGGGGAACACAGGCACAGGUAGGUGAAGACCUUGCUGGCAAGCAGUCCGAGGAGACCAGAAAACCACCACGAGACAGUGUGCCGAGGGCGGAGAGCUGGCCGGCAUGGGGCUCGGGAUGGCUUGAGUGGGAGCUGGCCGGCCGUGGCGUGCCCGGUCCCUGGUCCUGAGGACCGGAUGGAGCAGCACACCUGCCGGAAGAGCGAGCACAGAGCGUGGGGUGUCGUGGGUGCUCCCCGGAGGGGCCGUCCUGCCUUCACAUGGCCAGAGAGCGGACUGGGGAGCCCAGCUCGGGCCAGCAGACCGGAGUUGAACUUAGGAGUGCCUUGUACACCAAGCUGAGGGUUUUGUCUUUUGUUUUCUGAGGGCAGUGGGAGGUGCGGAAGAAUUUUAGAGAAGUAACACAGGGAACUGCAAUCUAGAGGGUUCUCUGUGGCUACGGCAGGAAAGCAGCCGGCCGUGGGGCCGGUGGGAUCCAGAGAAGGCUGGCGGAUCCAAACGGAGGAUGUGGGCUUGUGUUGAGGCAUCUGUUGCCGGCGAUGGCCUUGGCCAACCACGGGCACAUGGAAGAGGCUGACUUACAAGAAUCCACUCCUGAUAAAGCCCCGCCAGGCCGGGGCCAACUUCCACUUUCCUCUGGAGACUUUCAUUUUCGGGGCAUCCAGUUCUGAGUCAAAGAUUCCUCCUUUGGAACAUGGGACUUUCCAGAAGGACCACAGCCUCUUCCGCACACCCACUUGACCCCAGAUGUUCUGGAUUUGGGUUGUUGAAGGAGUCUGCUGGCCUCUCGGGAGAAAGAUGGCCCUGUGGUCCCUGUGGAGCCUGCUUCUCUGGGAAGCCUCCAGCGCACAAGUGCAUGGCCAGGUUGGGGGCUCCGUGCUGCUGGUGGCAGAGCGCCCUUCCGGCUUCCAAGUCCGAGAGGCCAUCUGGAGAUCUCUCUGGCCUUCCGAGGAGCUUCUGGCCACAUUUUUCCGGGGCACCCCAGAGACUCUGUACCGCUCCCGCUUCCUGGGCCGAGCCCAGCUGCACAGCAACCUCAGCCUGGAGCUCCAGCCGCUGGAGUCUGGAGACAGCGGCAACUUCUCCGUGCUGCUGGUGGACACGGGCGGUAGGUCCCGGACCCAGGUCCUGCAGCUCAAGGUGUACGAUGUGGUGCCCAGACCCGUAGUACAAGUAUUCAUCGCUGUGCCAGGAGAGACUCAGCCACCCAAGACCUGCCAGGUGUUCCUGUCCUGUUGGGCCCCCAACAUCAGUGACAUAACCUAUAGCUGGCGACGGGAAGGGACCAUUGACUUUGGUAUGGAGCCAAGCGACCUCUUCACGGACGGACAGGUGCUGAGGGUUUCACUGGGACCAGGAGACAAGAGCACGACCUAUUCCUGCAUUGUCUCUAACCCUGUCAGCUGGGACUUGGCCACUGUCACCCCUUGGGAGAGCUGCCAUCAUGAGGCAGCCCCAGGAAAUUCCUCCUACAAAGAUGUGCUGCUGGUGGUGGUGCCCGUCUCCCUGCUCUUGACCCUGGCUGGUCUCCUCUCUGCCUGGCACCCCUGCUACUCAGGGAAAAAGCAGAAGGACGUCUAUAAUGACAGAGUGACUCCAGAGACAGAGAACCCCCUUGUGUAGGGUUCUGGAUGAAGGCAGACAUAAACUGUUGCCUGGACCAUCAGGAAGCCCACUGCCCAAGCCCAUGAUGCUCUGGAACACGUUGGUAUCUGGAAUCCACCAUGGGCCUUGUUGCUUCCACUGAGACUUCUGUCCCACCUCUGGGAGCAGCCUAGACAGCUACUGCACUGGGAGCUGCCCAACAGAAAACACUAGCACAACCUUCCACAUCCCCCCCAACCCCAUCCCCGCUUCCAUCCUGCUCCUGGCUCUGCUUCGGGCAAGAUAACACACCAUCCCCUCCAAGACACGUGAAGUUCUCCAGGAUGUUGAUGGUCCUAAGCAUUCACCACCCCCACCAUGGUUCAUGAAGUAUUGUUGCAGACAGAAGUUGUCUCCUCAAAGUCCAUUUGUUGAAGUCCUAAUCCCCAAUCUCUCAGAAUAGGACUGUAUUUGGAAAUCGGACUUCAAAGAGAAGAUUAAAAUUACAUGAAGUCAUUGGGAUGGGCCCUAAUCCCUUAUGACUGGUGUCCUUGUAAAACAGGAAGAGACACUAGGGAUGCACACACAGAGAAAAGGCCAUGGAAGGACAAAGAGAGAAGGAAGACAUCUACAAGCCAAGGAGAGAGGCCUCAGAAGAAACUUAACCUGCUAACACCUUGGUCUUGUGCUUUGAGCAUCCAAGACUAUGAGAAAAUAAAUUUUUGUUGUUGAAGCCACUCAUUCUGUGAUAUCCUGUUACGGCAGCCCUCGCAGACCACAGCAAGUGUUAACUAACUGGCACCAAAGGAUUGCCUCCAGUCUGGGUCCCAGACGCUAAAAGACACUAGACAUCUGAACUAACAGAGAAACUCUGAACCAUCCCCUUCCAGCUCCGGCCCCAGCCCAGCCCGUGUAGUUUGAGACCCUGAUGUUUCUUGAUGCCUGAGACAUUCUCGUAAGAAAAGAUCUAGAAAUGGAUGAAGGUGAGAGGCAGAGGACAGGAUUCUCUUUCCAGCAUGAAGGACUAUCAGGUCGUCUGACCUUGUAGCCCCUCAAAGGUAAUUCACAGGUAGAGACAAUCAAGAGAUGGUUGACAUAGCCUGGUUGGGGUGGGGGCCAUUUUGCAGGUAACACCUCGCGAAUGACAUUUUCACCAUCUCUGCCCACCACUGUGCCUCCUGCAGGAUCUGAGGUCCUCUCUGCUCUGUCCAGCACAGCGACCACAAAAGAGGUAUUAAAUUUUCCGCAGCCAACAGAAAGCUCUUGCACGGCUUCAAGAAAAGCAGCUCAGCCUGAGGGCCUCUGCCUGAGGCCAAGAGGGUGAGGAGCCAGAACAGCUGAGCAGAAAACAAGUGCCAAGUGCGGAGGGAACAGAGGCGGAGGCCUGGUAGAAUCUGCUACACUAUUUUCAGAUGCACGAGCGGAAGAUGCCCCCAUGCUCACGGGGAAGAGACAAAGGCUCCACCCCUCCGUGCAAAGCCGGCCAAGGUCCCUGUCUCAGAGCAGCAUGUGGGACGGAAGCUGUGAUCAUGGCCAUCCCGGCUUCAGUGAAGGUGCUGAGGCUGAAACAGCAUCUGCCAAUCAGUGGUUCUGUCUGGGAAAACUCUGGGACUUCGCCUUUGGAAACUUCGACUUGGGGGUACGUGGCUGGCGAGUUCACGUUACUCCCACCCAGGUGCAUCCCGAUUCUUUUCUGGGACCUCCCUCAAGGCUUGGUACUAGAGAGGAAGGCGGCCUUGAAGAAACAGAGGCAGGGAGUGAGGUGUGUUCCCAGGACAGUUCCCAUCGCUCCACCCGGGAGGUCAGUCCUGGGCAAGGGUCUCCCCUCCGUCCCCCAGGAGCUGGGCAGUCACUUCACCUUCAUCAAAUGGUCAGUCGGCCUCUAGAUUCACAACCCCCCUCACCUAGUCAGCUCAUUCUGGGAUCUCCCUACCUUCUGGCUCUGCUCAGUCCACAACUGCUCUCCAGGCUUCGUCUUUUCCUCCUGCCUUACCUGUGCCCGCUUUCCCCCCUCACCUUCCCCCAAGUCCUCCUGUCCUGUGCACCGGACCCCCCAACCUGGCAACCGGUGUUGCCUCCUCCCGUCACCUGGAGGCUGUCCCUGGGGCCACUGGCUUCGUAGGCAAAGCUGUCCUCGGUCCCUCAAAAUGACGUGAAAGAGAAAGCCGGGGACCUGGCCAGGAGCCGUGGGGACUCUGUGGACAAACACACACACACGCUAACUCCUUCCUUCCUUCCCUUCAUUCCCUGGGCCCCACGUCAGAUCCGAGCAGUUCUGGGUGGAAUGGGGCCUACAGUGCUCCCUCCACGAGUUCCCUCUUAGUGACUUUAUGAAGUGGUUUGAUGGGGCGGCACACCCAGGCUUUUUAAGUGGAUCCGUGCUGCUGGAAUACGUGGCUCUUCCCACCCCUCGUGAUUCCCUUGUCAAGGACUAGACGAAUGACCCCACCACCACCACCAGAAAACUCAGAAUGCUUCUGAGAGAGCAGGGUCUGUGUGGCAAACAUUGGGAUUGAUGGUGCGACGUUCGCACAGAGCGAGGAUCGACGGACGGUUCGGCGUGCGCUGGGUCCAGCUUGAGGCCCUGGGGAACCAGAAGUGAGUGAAACAAUGUCCUUCCUUCAUGGAUUUUAUACGCUGGAAACGCAAUAGGCAAGGAAGUGUGUGUCAGAUUUGACGGGUUCUCGUAAGGAGAGAAAGCAGAGUAAGAGUCUAGAGAAUAAUGCGUCGGGGAGAGGGAGCCUGUCUCAUAAAGGCAGUGGAGAGAACCGUGGCGUGGGUGGCGGGACUAGCCUGGAGACCAGAAGGUGCGAAGGCCCCGGAGGGGGAGCGCGGUUAGUGUUUUCAAAAAAUAGAGUGGACCUGUACUCCUGCGGCUAAUAAUACAGUAUAUCUUAAUAAAAAUUAAAAAAAAAAAUAGAGUGGAGGCCAGGCUGGCUGGUGAAAACAGAGAGGGCGUGGUGGGGGAGAGUGGAAUGGGGAAGAUCCGAGAGGGGGCCUGGGGCCACCGCACGUGGGACCCUGGGGUCUUCACAGCACACGUCCCUGGGCUUAGCGUAGCCGGGAGCACCCCUGUCUGUUUGGGAGUCAGAUUCCUCCCAUGACGACCCUUCCACCAUUGUUUCCAGUUGGCUCAUGGUCAGACCAGAACCCUGUCCCUCUGUUUUUGCUUUUCUCUGUUUUCGUUAAAUUUUCCUUGAACACGA